AUGGAUGGCGAUUUCCAAUUCGAGGAUGAUCUCUUUGAAGAGUCAAAAACGUCUUUUCGUCCAGAGGAUGUUCAGUACAUUGCCAAAUGUUCCGGAACUCUGGCGUUCCUCAACGCUCCAGACGCGGAGUCACAGAAGGCUGCAUGUGACUGGUUGUAUCUUCAUGGGCGUUAUGCCGAGUGUAUGCGGUUGGCAGAUCAGUUGCUAGGUUCGGAAAUUCAUUAUUCACUGGCACAUUUCGUCGUAGAUUCUCACGUGGAUGAUGUUGGUGGAUUUUUGAAAAAAGCCUAUAUAGAUUGUAAAGCUUCGGCAAUUGUGAGCAAGGAAGAUUUGAUCAGUCAUUUCCUGUUGCAUCGAGAUUGCUCUCGCCAAAAGAAAGAUGCAUAUGGUGAGUUGCCUUUCGACUGGCUAUCAUAG